AUGGAAACCGAGGGGCGUUUAACGGUUUCCAGGCCGGCUUCUCCCCACCGACAGAGUCCUGUACCGGCUGAUUCUUCCGGCUGUGGCCUGACCCACGAUGAUUCGCCCAUUCCUUUCGCGGAGGUGGAGACGGUCGCCACUGGAUGGAUCCUGGAUUUCGCCUGCCGCUGCCUGUGCCGCCAUUUUUGCGAGGGCAACCGGAGAGACUUCGAGAGGAGCCGAGACUUAGCCCUGACUAUUAUCAAAGGGUUACGCAGAACAGAAAUCCAUCAAGUGAAAACAGUGUGCCUUUGUCAGCUGCUGGCAUAUGUUCAAGAAGGAAAAUCGCUUGAUUCCCAUUUUGAGGAUGACCAAAGAACGUCACCACUGGAAAAGGCUCUGUCGGUUUGGACUUCAUUUCUAAAAUUGCAAAGCAAGCAAGAUAAGCUUUACGAAGACAUCAAGCGCUUAAUUCAGAUUCAGGCUGUGGCAGUAUAUAUAGAGAAAGGAUAUUUUAAUGAAGCAACAGAAGUCCUAGAAAGACUGUUUCCAGAAUCUCUCUCAAAUGAGCCUUUGCGAAUGAAGCUGUCUGCAGUAAUAAAACAAAAAGAUCCAUAUCAUCCAUUUCUCCGAUAUUUCAGUUUCAGUCUCUUGACUGAGAGGAUCAAAUUUUACAUCAGUAUUUUCUUGAACGAGGAACAUAAUAAUUCUCUAAUGAAGGAAGCUACAAAAGUGGCAGAAACAAAAAGUUCAGGAAAUAUGUUACAAUAUGACAGUAUAACUGAAACAAACAAAGAAAAUCACUUGGAAAGUACACAAAGAUUACAGGAGCUGUCUUGUUCCCUAGCUGAACAGUCAUUUUGGAGUCCUAGGCAGGUACAGAUUUUCCAGGAACCAAAGAAUAUAAAACGAAGUACUCUUCGAAAUAAGAAAAAAUUGCAGAAUAUUGAAAAUGGAAGUGAUGAGUUUCUGUCAGCUGGUCAAAAGAAACAGCCAUGGAGUUUGGAAGAAGACAAGAAACUGAAAAAUGGUGUGAAAAAGUUUGGAGCAGGAAGCUGGGCAAAAAUUCUUCAACAUUAUGACUUCAAGCAACGAACUAAUGUAAUGCUGAAAGACCGAUGGAGAACUAUGGUCAAAUUAGGCAUGGUUUAAGCUACUUUUCUGAAAAUCUUCACUCGUUACUCAACUUUUCCUUUAUAGUGA